AGGAUUCUUCUAUUCCGGUUGGAAACAUUUGAACUAUGAACCAAGAAUAAAUUUCGCACAUGAAUCAUUUUAGUUUAUUUAUAUGCUUUAAUUAUACCUAUUUUCAAGUAAAAAAACACUUUUUUUUAAAUUCAGACCAUUUGCUUUGUUAUGUUACUAAAUGUCGAAGAACGUAAACCCCUAAAUUUUAAGAAUGCGGUGUUUAUGAAUUUUAUGCCAGUUUACUGUACCGAAUGUUUAAUCAUUUGUACGAUAAUUUAAUCGUGUAAUGAGAUUUUUCAGUCAAGAGAAGAAGAUCCAACUGACUCUCGAUUGCGGACAGAAGGAGAUUGGCAGCACUAGGUGCCAUCAAUGCCAUAUGGUAUACACAGUUGGUGAUAAAGAAGAUAUCAAAGCUCAUAAAGAGUAUCACCAAAUAAAAUUAUUUCCAACCGUCCGGGUAAGAUAUAUAAUUGACAUAGAUAAAUUACUGUGUAGUAGAUGGUGUCGUUUUCUCCGUGAGUUCACUAUAAUAUGUAACUAAAUAAUCAAGAAUGACUCACUGGUCUGUACAGUAGAUUAUACGCCAUAUCUUUUAUAAAAAGAUAACACGACCUAGCUUUUCAAACCUUUGAAGAUAAAAGUUUUUGCUUGUUGCCUGAUAGUUAGUUGGAUGCCGCAAUAUGGGUUUUACACAAUUUAUUCGAAUCUUAUAGGACUAAGGUAAAACAAACUAGUAGCAUUCAGAUCAAAUCAUGAAAUCAGUGCAUGAUAUCGUCGACUGUUGGUCUGAACCUCAUCAGAUAUUACGAAGUUCUCUGAUGCUAAUCAAAAUAACAUUAAGGAAUAGAAAAUAUAACCCGAAAUCGACUGAUGUGGCACAAUGCUGUCAAGAGGGCGAAGUUUCAUGAUGCGGACGGAUUUUGGAUUGUUAAAACGAAUGAACAGAAUUCUGAUCGAUAGAUAAAAUACAACAAUAUGACAUGGCUAAAUGAUAGCUGCCCAUGAGACAAAACUAUAGACAUGAGCCCCCAGUUGUAUAAAUAUUAAGAUGGCUGGCUAGUAGAACAUAAUUCGUCCGAUUAGUAACAUGUUUAUAUACCAUCGACAUGAAAAUCGCACAACUAAAUAUCGUAGGUGAUUGGGGACAAUCCAACCAAGGCCUUUUUCCAUCAUAUCAAAUACAUUCAUUCUUCUCCUUACUUUCAUUUUUGAACACCUUACUGUUCUCUACCUCUCGUUCUCUAACUUUAUUCAUUACUCUUGGUCGUUUCUAGUUUUUCAAAAGCGUCUUAGGUAGUGAUAAGUAGUGUCGAUCUAAGCCUAUAAAGGCUUUUCUUAAAACUAAAGGAGCCUCAGCUGUUAGACCCAAGUAACCUACUUAUCAUGGAAACUGACGCGUCCGAGAUUCCAGCUGGAUGUUAAUCUCAUGUGUUGUCAUAUUUCUAUGCAUUGAUUGCUACAAAUUACGUCUCCGAACACAACACGAAACACUAGUCGAAGAAAGUAUUGAACAGGCACGCUGUUAUGAAAACAGAGUCACUUCGUUUAGUUCAAGUAUAAUUUAUCCUAAUGUUCCACAGGAAUAAGCUUCCCUUUUUCCAACAUCUCGGUUUAUAUUUUUAGCCAAUCCACCAUUCACAUGCUUCGGUUUGUGCGCCCGGGCAGUAUCCUAGCCCUCACAUAAAUCAUUCGAUUUGUGUGGCGCAUAUGUAUUCGGUGCCUCCUUGUACCAAUGUUUAUGUGUUUAAAUAAAUAAAUAUGACUUCCACCAUCCAGCAGGUAACCAAAGAUCAGUGAGGGACGGCCUACGUAAUCCAAAUUAUCAAGAAAAGCAAGCGCGAUUACAAUGAAGCCUAUCGAAUAUGUGCUCGUCAUUCUGUACUAUCCAGAGUUCCAUAAUCGUUGAUUUGUCACGUUGCAAAAUGCCUGUCAAUAAACAUAACUAACUCAGCAGUCAGAUAUCGGAUGUGCAUUUCUAGCUAAUCUGACGCUUGUAACUCGACAAAGGAUUUUUAGUCAGUUUGAUAUCGAAAUAUUUUGUUUAACUUUCACUAGCUUCGCUCAGCCUCUGAUUAGGAAAUGAAAAUAUAUUAUUUAUUCUUCAGUCGUUAAGUAUAAGACCGUAUCCAAAAGUGAGUUACAUGAAUAGAAUAUGACCUUUGGUUCCUUACCUACGCGUGUAAGAAAUCAAAACUGGUCUUUUAUAUGAAACGUCUGUUGUCUAUCUAAAGUAAAUGACAGAAAAUCCGUCCGUCAAGCCACAGUCUAGGAGUAAAUUGGUAUGUUUCUGAAAUAUUAAGUUCACUAGCUAAAGUCCAAGAGCUGUUACAUACUAAAAAUUAGUUUCCAUAUAGAUUCGAGUACAUCAUCAGCACCAGUUGGUGCUUAUACAGUGAUAAACAAUAAAAACUUCAAGAUUAAACCACCAAACUCACAAACUACACCAACAUUAAAACACUUCAUUUAAGCUAAAAUCCAUCUCAAUAUGCAGUACUGGCUGGGAAAUCUAUUUGAAAAUCCCGAUGAUAAUUAGAUCGAGACGUGAGAGCCAUCUGUAGCACCACUUACUGUUGGUUUAAAUCGUAUGAUGAGUACCAGACAUGUGGAUUAGGAAUCUUACGUCAACAGAAACUAUUCAUUGGAGAUCUGAGGUAGAAUAACUCACCUUUUAUCAGUGAAAUCUUGACCAUUUUCAUAUUUUCCUUGUUUGUCUAAGUAUAUCGUACACUAUUAUAAAGGAAAAAGUCCAGAAACAUACAGACUGGACCAAGGUGAUCUAAAACAAUGUCUAAUUUUCAAAACGAACUAUGUUGUUGAUGGAUAAUAUACUAAGGUCGUUGACCUUUUACUUUAUCUUAUUUUCAAGAAAUAUAUGACACUUGUUUCUCCAGAUGUUCAGUGAUCAAGGGAAAGCGAUAGCUUGGUGUAAAAAGUAAUUAAUUGUUGAUACUAGCAGCAUACAAUCUAACUUUUUUGUAUGGUUUCUUUUAGCUACCAAGAGGACGCCAUGAAAAUAUCAUCAUGGAAAAUUUCGAUGGUUCUCGAGUGACGGAAAUACUUACUACUCUUCGACUUGGAAUAUCCUUUUACGAACGAAUAUCAACACUGAUAAGCCUUGACCUUGGUUACGAUCUACCAUCAGAAGACAGUAACCCCCAUCAUGUUAAGUUGUCUAAUACCUUACAUCCCGACUGGCGUGUUUUCGUCUACGUAAAGGAUCGAACACAAUUAGUCGUGGGUUGUUGCAUUGUUGAGGAAUUAACUGCAAAGAAGAUAUCAGAAAAGGGUUACAAACUGAACAGACUGAUUGGUGGACGGAAAAGUCUCUUAUCUUGGAGUAUUCAGAGUGUCGACCGAAAUGGCGAUCAAUGUGAUUUAAUUUCCUCAAAUCCCGGCCUCUCUUGUGUAAACAUUGACGGACCAAUUUGUGGCAUUCGGCGAAUAUGGGUAGAACGUAAAUAUCGUCGGAAGGGAAUAGCCACAAGUUUAUUAGAUGCUGUGCUACAAAACUUAAUAUAUGGUUUACCACUCUCUCGUACACAAGCAGCUUUUUCCGAACCAACUGCAAAUGGCGCAGAUUUUGCUGUAUCUUACAUAGGCCGAGAAGACUUCUUAAUAUACUGAUUUUAUAUUUUUAUAAUGAAAACUGAGCACUUGCAGUUAUUUAUUCUAAAUUUAUAGAGUAAAUUAUAUAUUCACUGUAUUCAGUUAUUUUGAACCAGGAAAAAGCACAUGCCAUUGGUAAAUCGCACAAUUUACUUCGUUCACAGAAUCAUGAUGAACCUGUUACCGUUAAACUAGUUGCACUUGACUUGCUAACUUAGUAGUCUAACUUUGGUUUUACAUGUUCAUUCAUCAGAUAAACAAAACUUGUGGGACAUUUUAUCUAUAUCUUUUUAAAGAAUCAUUUGUCAGGCACAGAUUUCGUACUCGGUCUAGUCAUGCCUUAGGUAUGAAGGUUAUAAAUAUCAUACGUCUACACAAAUUAAAGUAGAGUUGAAUACAAAACCUACUAGUUGUGAGCAGGAUCUGUUAAUCACUAAGCCACCGCCCCAUAUAUGUUGAACCUAAAGGUAAACAACUGACAUACAAAACAA